UCUACCCUCCGCUUAUAAACCAGAGCAACAGAGCUCAGGUUGGUAAAAACGGAAGAGCUGAGCACAGAGCCACAGUUACUGUACGGAGAUGAAGCCAAGCACUGUGCUUCCCAUAUAUAGAGACUACGCAAAUUAUAGUGACUGGACCGAUGAUUCCCCCGUGGACGGGGCCAGGGAAUAUUCAGCUUCAGAGAUAAUCGCCUUCGUGGUCUUCUCCGUGGUCUUCCUGGUGGGCGUGCCGGGCAAUGCCGUGGUGGUGUGGGUGACAGGCAUCGAGGCCCGCAAGGUGGUGAAUGGCGUCUGGUUCCUGAACCUGGCCGUGGCCGACCUGCUCUGCUGCCUGGUGCUUCCGCUCUUGGCCGUCCCCAUCGUCCGGUAUGAUGACUGGCCCUUCACCGAAGCCGCGUGCCGCUUCCUGCCCUCCGUCAUCCUGCUCAACAUGUACGCCAGCGUGCUGCUGCUCACGGCCAUCAGCAUUGACCGCUGCCUGCUGGUCAUGAAGCCCAUCUGGUGCCAGAACCACCGCAGUGUGCCCAUGGCCAGGGCCGCCUGCUUCUUGGCCUGGACGCUGGCCUUGGUUCUGACCAUCCCUUCGCUGAUAUACCGCGAGCUGAAGGAAGAAGACUUCCCUCCCAGCUGGCACUGCAUGGUGCACUACGAGCAGAAGACAGUCGAGUUCAUUGUGGCCAUCUUUCGAUUUCUGCUUAGCUUCCUGGGUCCUCUCGUCAUCAUCUCCGUCUGCUACUGGCUCCUGCUCAAUCGUCUGUGGAGUCGCCAGGCCACCCGCUCCCUCAAGACCGUCAAGGUGGUUCUGGCUGUGGUGGCCGGCUUCUUCAUCUGCUGGACCCCCUAUCAGAUUGUGGGCCUCGUGGAGGCCGCGAGCCUUUCGGGCUCCGAACUCUACUCCUGGGCAAAGAAGAUAGACAGCUUAACCAUUUCGUUGACUUAUAUUAACAGCUGCAUCAACCCCAUCAUCUAUGUGGUUGCUGGCCAUGGCAUAAAGGAUCGCAUGACAAGCUACUUCAUUUGCACCAGCCUCCGGAAAGUGCUGAUAGAGGACUCUGUGGGGCGAGACAGCAAAUCCUUUAGCCGGUCCACAAUGGCAUCGACCAUGGGCCCCGAGGAGCAGCUGUGAGGCUGAGCUGUGGCCCCUUCUGAGAGAGCAGAGAUGCGAGUGAAGGGCCCUUGGUCAGGCUUAGCCUGUGGACAGCUCCCUCCCCUAGGACCGCUGGCCUCCCCUAGCCUCCAGCUAGAUUAGGAACUUCUCUAGGGCAGAAACUCUUUUUGUCUUUCUUUGGACCAUCGGUGUUUAUCACAGUGCCUGACCCAUGGGAUUAAUAAAUGGGGCUCCCAUCUCUCCCCAGAGGACAGCCACCUUGCCAGCCCCCAGCCCCUCUUGGAGGCCUUCUCUGAAUGUCCUCAACCCCUGGGAGACCCACUGUGAGUUUCUCUGCUAUCCUCUUUCCCUCCCAGAUUGCACCCCGCCCCCUCAGAGCUCUUAACUCUUUCUCACCUUGUUUUAAUAAAUCUUUUGGUUGGAAUUGAA